AUGUAUAAAAUGGAGUAUUCUUACCUAAAUUCCUCUGCCUACGAGUCAUGUAUGGCCGGGAUGGACACGUCGAGCUUGGCAUCGGCCUAUGCGGACUUCAGCUCGUGCAGCCAGGCCAGUGGUUUCCAGUACAAUCCCAUCAGGACCACGUUCGGGGCCACCUCCGGCUGCCCGUCCCUCACGCCGGGGUCCUGCAGCCUGGGGACCCUGCGGGACCACCAGAGCAGCCCGUAUGCCGCAGUUCCAUACAAACUGUUCACGGACCACGGAGGACUGAACGAGAAGCGGAAGCAGAGGCGCAUCCGGACCACGUUCACCAGCGCCCAGCUGAAGGAGCUGGAGCGGGUGUUCGCGGAGACGCACUACCCGGACAUCUACACCCGAGAGGAGCUCGCACUCAAAAUCGACCUGACUGAAGCCAGAGUGCAGGUGUGGUUCCAGAACCGACGCGCCAAGUUCCGCAAGCAGGAGCGGGCAGCUGCAGCGGCCGCAGCUGCAGCCAAGAACAAUUCUGGGAAGAAGUCCGACCCCAGAGACGAAGACAGCAAAGACAACAAAUCCACCGACCCGGACAGCACAGGAGGCCCCGGCCCGAACCCGCUGCCCACCUCCAACUGCGGCGGACCGAGCCCCACCGGCGUGCAGGUCAACACCAACGGGAACGGCCAGGUGGACCAGGUGAAGACCUCCGUGUCCAGCGGCAUGGGGGUGACAGCACCGAGCCAAGGCUGGUCCACCACUCCGGGGACCAUCACCUCCAUCCCGGACUCACUGGGCGGUCCGUUCGCCAGCGUACUGUCGUCUUUGCAAAGACAGAACGGAGCCAAAGCGACAUUAGUAAAGACCGGCAUGUUCUAAUGAAGCUCUGUGGCGGAGGGAGGAGGAGAAAACACAGAGCGGAGAGAAAGAGAAGUUUCCUCCUUCUCCGGAGACUGAAAAAGCAAAUUGCUCGAGACUCAAACGGACAAUAAAACGCAGUUAAUUAAAACAGGAAACGAUGACAACUCCUGUUCUUUUGUUUUGUUGCCUUGCACCGUUCCUUGUGGUCAGUUUAAACACUUUCGCUGUAAAAAUAUCCAUCUUGGCAAGUCAUUUGUCUGUCUUGAAACAAGUUGGGUCGGUGGAUUGUUUUCCGGUCAUAUUUUAGGACUGAAUAUCUAAAGACAAUAAGAAAACAAGUUGUUGUGUUGAGAUGAUUCAUGCGAGAGACUCCAUCUAACGUAUUCCCCGUGUUUUUAAAGGAAAACAAACAACAUCAACACACACAGACAGACACAUGGCAGUGGCCCAUGAGCAAACACCCGACGUCUGAUCAGUCACAUCACAAGUCAAGAGUUCAACAGCUGCUUUGUUCGGCAGAGACGUUCAACAGGCUCCACGAGGACGAACCCACGAACCCUGACACGACAAAUCUCACACACUUUCUGUGGAAGAACGACCGCUGACUUUUACUUUUCUUUAAAUUAUCGAUAUAAACACAAUUAUUUCCUCGAGAGAAAAAAAAAGGCACAAACUACUGCAAUGUUCGCCCCCCUCAUGACAAGAACCCUGUAUGUUUUGUGUGUCUUUCUACGGCAGUGUUUUUGUGGCUCAAAUUGUAUAGUGUGAAUACGUAUUACUGUCUCCUAUAGUUGAACCAUAGGCCAUACUCCCUCGUAGAUCGAUCAUACAGAGUCUUUUGUGAUGUUUUACAAAGAUUUCCCUUGGAAGAAUUUAUUUUGGGUAUACAAAAAAAAAGGGGGAAUGGAUGCAAACAUUGUAUUUAUUUCUAUAUAAUUUGCAUGUUGUCUCUUUGUCUGAUUUUACAAUGAGUUCCCUCCCAUUUUGUGAGCAUUGUGUAACAUGUUUUGUCCCGGAUCUGAAAGUUAUUUAUAUGUAGGUAAUGAAUGCUUAUAUUUAAGAAGGAAAUAUUUCUACAUGUGC